UUCACUAAGAAAAAAGGGGAACCAACCAACCUCAAUAGGGUUUCCCUUCUUUUCUCUCAGCCAAAAGCUGCCUAAGAAAAGAUUGAGGGGUCAAAAAUGUGCAUAAAUAGGUUGAGCAAAUAUUGGUCAAUUGGUUCUCUACAAGCCUCUGGCUUUUUGAUUGAUCUUUCUAAAACUAACUGAAAAACUGCAAGUUCAGGGUUCAAAGCCACAAUGGCCCUCGUAAGAAGGUUUGAUGAAGUAGCCAAGAUUACUGUUUUCUUCGUGGGCCUAGCAGCUUUGCUCUUUUGUGGUCGUGCUGAUCUUGUGCCUACAGUUUUUGAUGUUACCAAAUAUGGGGCUACCGGAGAUGGCGAGUCCGAGAAUGCACAGGCAUUUAUACAAGCAUGGAAUGCAGCAUGUCAAUCAAAUGGAGCAGCAAAAGUUGUUAUUCCCCCAGGGACGUAUCUGUCAGGGGAAGUCUUCUUUGUUGGACCAUGUAAUUGCCCAAAGCCUAUAAUUGUAGAAGUUCAGGGUACCGUAUUAGCUCAAACCGAUCUCAGUGAAUACCCGAAUGGUCAGUGGUUUUCGAUUGCAGAUGUAGACGGUUUGGCAGUUACCGGUGCAGGAACUUUUAACGGCCAAGGGGAGGCUUCAUGGCAAUAUGAUUCUUGUGGUCGCCAAACCGUAUGCAACUCUCCUCUCCCACCUUCCAUUGGGUUUUUGAACGUGAACAAUACUAUUCUCGAAGGAGUAAAGUUGGUGAAUAGCAAAGGAAUCAACAUAAAAGUUUCCGACUCCCACAACUUGACAUUCCAAAACCUCGACGUAACUGCGCCUUCCAAUAGCCCAAACACCGACGGGAUCCAUAUAAGCAACUCUGAUCAAAUCACUGUGAAAAGUUGCAACAUUGCAACAGGCGACGACUGCAUCUCCAAGGGCGAAGGCGCUACGAAUAUUGUCAUAUCCGCCGGUAGAUGUACCCCAGGACUUGGCGCCGGCCCAUUACUUCACUAGCUAAACAAU